AUGCCACCAAAAACGCCAUCGAGCUCGCAGUCUAUGAAGCAGGGCAGCCUGUUCUCCGCUGGGUUCUUUAAGAAGACUCCCACUUCCUCUGCGCCGCCAUCUUCAUCGCCAAUGCAUCCACCGUCCUCAACAAAGAGAGAUGCCAUCAAACCAAGUAACUCCUCCCCUCUUGCGCCUCAGUCAGCCGUUCAACACAAGAAAGCAAAAGCAGCUCCAAUGUCCCCUUUGAACGAGAGCGCGCAUUUAAAUAGUGAUGAAGAUGAGGAGAACCAGCAGCCAAAGCGUGCAAUAAAGAAGCGUAAGCCGAUGGUGAUCUCAUCUGAAGAAGACGAGCCAGAACAGCCCAAACAAAGGCUCAAGAAGAGAAAGGAAAGCAACGACGACGAUUUCAUUGAUGAUGGCCCUAUCGAAAUGGAUGAGGAUGUCGACACCACGCGUAAUAACCUGGGUGUUGAAGACUCUGACGACUUGAUCGAGGAGCUGGACUUAGACGCUUUCGAGAAGGCAAAGCCAGCCGCAAAGCAAGCUGCAAAGAAACCGCUAGCUACUACAUCCAAGCCUGUCACAGAGACACCUAAACGUCAAAGUUCUGGUGAAAACAAAUCACUCCUGACGAAAGCUGAACGUCAAGCACAACAGACUAAGGCUGCAAAGAAGGAUUCAGACUCUCCAUUCAUGUUCUUACACCCUCCACGCGACAAAUACCAAAACCCAAUUGGCCAUCCAGACUACGAUCCUCACACUCUUUACAUCCCGCCAAAAUUCUGGAGCGAGUUUUCUCCAUUUGAAAAGCAGUUUUGGGAAAUCAAGUCUGACCACUUUGACACAAUCCUCUUCUUCCAGAAAGGCAAGUUCUACGAGCUCUACGAGAACGAUGCGAUCAUUGGACACCGCGAAUUCGAUCUCAAGCUGACUGAACGCGUGAGAAUGUGCAUGGUCGGUGUACCGGAGAUGUCGUUUGAUUUAUUCGCGGCCAAGUUCCUAGCACUAGGUUAUAAAGUUGGAAAGGUAGAGCAACGCGAGACUGCAAUUGGCAUGGAUAUGCGCAACAAGGCAGAUAAAAAGCCAGCAGGAGCGGCAGCAAAGGGAUCUAAAUCUGAUGAUAAGCUUGUGCGUCGUGAAUUACGCUCUGUGUUGACAAAUGGUACUCUUGUGGAUCCGAAAAUGCUUGCAGACGAAGCAGCUUCACAUUGUGUAUCAAUCAAAGAGAAUAGUAACAGUCUGGCAAGUAACGUACCUUCCUUUGGACUAUGCAUUCUUGACGCUAGUACUGGUGAAUUCAACCUCGCUACUUUCGAAGAUGACAAGUCGAGAUCAAAAUUAGAGACCCUGAUUAGACAGCUGCGUCCCAAGGAAAUUGUUCAUGAGAAAGGUAAUCUGGAUCAGCUCACUUUGCGUGUACUGAGGAACAUUACGUCAAUUUCAUGCCUAUGGACACCCCUCAACACAGGGAAAGAAGGAAUGGAUGCAAUUGAAACUAUAACAGAGCUUAAAACGCUAUUCAAAAAGGGUGUCGAGGAUAUUGAAAGAGUCAAGCUGCCAGAUGCAGUGGAAAGUAUCGUCGAGAAUACCGAAGCCAUCGAAUCGUUAGGAAACCUGAUGUGGUAUCUUCGAUCACUCAACCUUGAUCGUGAUUUGCUGUCUCUUGGGAAUUUCAACAUAUAUGAUGCCACACGUGAAGGUCAAGCUAUGAUCUUAGACGGUAGAACGCUGGCACAUAUAGAAGUUCUCGUCAAUAGUGAAGGUAACGAGGACGACACUCUACUUAAGCUGCUCAACAGAUGUGUUACUCCAUUUGGUAAACGUCUUUUCAGGAUAUGGUUGUGUACUCCUCUGCGCUCGUCAAAGGCGAUUAACGAGCGUUUAAACGCCGUUGACGAUAUUAUAUCCAAUCCAGGUUUUACAUAUGAAUUUGACAGUAACGUCAAAGGAUUACCAGAUCUCGAAAGACUACUGUCCAGAAUCCAUGCUAUGUCAGUGAGACCUAAGCAGUUUAUACAAGUGCUAGGUGCAUUCAACAAGAUUCAACAAGUCUUCGAAAAGCUAGAAGAUGAAGCAAAGGAAUUCGAUUCGCAAUCUCUCCGAGCAACGCUGAAAUCCAUACCCGAUUUGAGAGAUUAUAUAUCAAAUAUUGAAUCCAAGUUCGAUUUGACUGAGGGUGAGACGCUGAUGCCAUGCGAUGGUGCAGAUGAAGCUUACGAGGAGGCGAAGAAGCUAAACGAAGAGCUAGAGGAAGAGCUCGACGAGAUACUUAACAAGUACAGACGUGAAUACAAGACGAAGGGCAUAAACUACAAAGAUGUGGGAACGAAAGAGAUAUACUCGAUUGAGAUGCCAAAAAAGACAUCGGUGCCUGCCAAUUGGACGAAGAUGUCCUCGACGCAGAAGGUAGACAGAUACUGGUCACCAGAAGUUCGUCAGCUCGUACAGAAAGUAAAGGAAGCGCGUGAAACACGCACAACUGCUCUGGACGACUUUGCUAAGAAGCUCUAUGUCGCUUUCGAUGCUGAUUACAAGACAUGGAUUGCAGCAGUCAAGGCGUGUGCUGAGAUUGAUUGCAUCAACUCGCUAGCCAAAUCUUCAAUUAACAUGGAAGAGCCCAGAUGCAGACCGAAUAUCAUUGAGUCUAAUGAAGCUGUAUUGGAAUUUGAACAGCUCCGCCAUCCGUCUAUGGCAUUGAGGAGGGACUUCGUGGCAAAUGAUGUCAGAUUGGGUGGUAAGGAUGAGGGAACUAUGCUGUUGACUGGUCCUAACAUGGCGGGUAAAUCCACUCUUCUUCGUAUGACUGCUGCUGCAGUUAUUAUGGCGCAGAUUGGCUGUUACGUGCCUGCUGAAAGCGCCACUAUUGCCCCUGUUGAUAGAAUUGCUAGUAGACUUGGUGCCUAUGACAACAUGUUUAGUAACUCGUCGACAUUUAUGGUCGAAUUGGCGGAAACCUCGAAGAUAAUCAACGAGACUACGCCGAAGAGCUUGCUUAUUUUAGAUGAGCUGGGAAGGGGUACUUCUACGACUCAAGGUAUUGCCAUUGCUAGUGCGGUACUACAGCACAUCGCCUCAUUCUUGGGAUGCUGUCUUUUCUCCACCCACUACUCAAGUCUUGGCGACUUUGGAUCGACUCACCCAAAUAUCAAAUCAUGCCACAUGGCUUCCGAGGUGAAUAGUGAAAAGAGGGAAAUUAGAUUCCUUUACAAGCUCGUAAAUGGGGUAGCGCUGGACAGCUAUGGACAUCAUGUUGCCAAAUUGGCCGGUGUGCCACUGCCUGUAGUCGUACGGGCCGAGCAGGUUGCAACAGAGUACACGGAAGCGAACAAGCUCGAACAGCAGAAAGCAGAAGCUAACAGACACAAGACAAUGCCACUGGCCUCUCAAUCAGACUUUGCAACAGCGAUUAGACUCGCCAAAGCAGCAAAGGGGUUGACGUUUAAAGACAGACGAAAUCUCAAAUUCAUAAGCGAAGCCAACAGUCAGUGA